GAACUUUGAGAAUAUUUUAAAAACAAGAGAGAGAAAAAGGUGGAGAAACUUGCUGGGCUGGUAGGAGAGAGAAUUCAGGGCAGAGAGAGAAAACGCAAAGCUAAAAACUGGGGUAGUAGCGCUAAACAAGGGAAGAAAACACAGGCUAUAGUUUCAGACUUUCAGUGAGCUUGACAAUGGUAGAAAUGGUGUUAGAUACCUUCAAGUUUCGAGCUUUUCCUUCAUGUUCUUCUUCAUUAUUCGCCAUUGGAGCAGCUGCAAGCAAACCAAGCCAAAGAAGUUUCAUUGUACUCUUCCUUUUCCUCCUUUUCAUUCACCUUCUUUAAUAAACUUAACCUUACUUUCCUUCUUUUCUACACUUUCCUAAUUUUUUACUCAAUCUUACUCAUAUAAUAACACCCUUUUCCCAUUUUUUUCCCUUUUCCUUUUCUGGGUUUUAAUUGAAGUUAAUUAUUUAAUACCCAUAUCAAAAAAUUGACCUAAAAUGUAUAAAAAUUGGUAUUAAUUAGUCUUCUUCUGAUUUUGAUUUCCAUAAUAGUGAAGAUUUUUCAUACUACUGUUGGUGUUUUUUUUUUAUUGUGAGAUAUCCGGAUGCUUCAAACUUUUGUGGGAUCAAAUCUAGAGGAAUCUGGGAUUGGCUGAACUGAAAUUUGAAAAUUUGGGUCUGUUUUUUUUAUUUUUAUAAAAAAAAAAAAAUACUAUUUUGAUUCUAAUUUUUGUUUAAUCAUCUGGGUUGGUGCUAGUUUGUUGGUUGGUGAACUUGAAGCUGUUUUAAUGGCACCAUCCUUUUGAUUGGUGUAAAUAAUAGGAGUAUCAUAAACUAGUUGUGUUUCCCUCCUUUUUUAGUAUUUUAUGAACUAGGAGGAGCAUAAUUUCUUUUAUUUUAGAUUGAACGGAGGAAGCAGAAGGAAACUUGGGAUAGAUCUAGGUAAAUCCCUUAAAUACUUCUUAGAAUACCCCCACCAAUUUUUUCUUUGUGGGUUGGAUUGAUUUUUGCAAUGUUGUCGUUUCCUGGUUUUGGGUUAAACAUACCUUGUCAUUGAUUACACUUGAGGUAUAUUUUAGUAUUUCUUUUUUUUUUUUGAUUUUUGUUGUUGGUGAAUUAGGUAGAGUUUUGUAUGGUUUUGAGAUCAACAAGGUUGGCUGGUGUUAUAACUUGGUGUGCUGUAUUCAUUGGAUGGGAGUGGCUGAUAACCCUUUACUAGAUCUAAUUGACAAGGUUAGGUCUUGGGCUUCUUUGGGUAAAUACAACCCUUCAUCCGUCGUCUCCUGUGAUUUUAACAUGGCUGAGAAUUCUUGCUGUCAGUGUGAACUAAAGUUUUCAGAAUUAUGCCACAAAUAUAGCUGCCUUGGUUGUAAGAGAUUGUUGUGUGGAUCAUGUGUUCGUGGCAGUGGCCCUCUUGCUGUCAUUGCUACUUCCAGUGGUAGCAAAAAUGGCGAUCACAUGGAGAAAGUUAUCAAGGCUUGCAAGCUAUGCUUUAAAGCUUCUAAGAGGCAUAUUGGAAAAGUCUAUCCCUCCGAGUCUCCACGGGCUAGCCCGGAGCCACUAUCCCCUUCUGUUUGUGAUAAGUUAAGCAGCAAUGAAGUUGCUGAGAGAACUGAAGAAGAUUGUGUGUCCGGUACAGUUGGGUUCCAGGAUCAUAACUUUUCUCCUCAUAAUAUGAGUUCCAGCAGAGUGCUAUCUAUUGCUGGUCAUCCAUCGCAAGGCUCCCUUCAUCACUCUCCUAUUCAGAGUGAUGAAGAACCAGAAGAGUCCGGGAGGCAUUUCUUCAGCUCAGCAAGUGAAUAUUGCCACGAAAAUUCAGAUAUAGACACGAGUAGUCUUAGUCUUAGGAAUGAGUCUUAUAGUUUCAGGUCAACAGGUUCAAGUCCCUUAGACAGCCCCUCUAGGUUCAAUAUUAAUACGCCUAGGGCUGGGCGCUCUGUACAGCAAACAACAGUCGGAAGCCCUAAACCUCAAAAUUGCUGUCCCUCUGAUUUGGCCAUUUUAAGAGGGCAUGACAGAGGGACCGGUGAUCCUGCUAAUGUGGAUGGUAGAUCUGACGAAGUUAACAUCAUCAACAAACAAAAUAAGACGCUUCCUAAACCUUUAGAUUUUGAAAAUAAUGGUCAUAUUUGGUUUCCUCCACCCCCCGAAGAUGAAGAUGAUGAGAUGGAAAGCAAUUAUUUUGAAUAUGAUGAUGAUGAUGAUGAUGAUGUUGGAACAUCAGGUGGCGUGUUCUCUUCUGCUGGAAACCUUCCUCAUUCAUUUCCUGCAAAAGAAAGCCAAAAUGAGGAACCUUUAAGGUCUGUUAUACAAGGUCAUUUCAGAGCUCUUGUAUCACAAUUACUGCAGGGUGAAGGAAUCAAAGUUGGCAAGGAAAAUGGCAGUCAAGAUUGGUUGGAAAUUGUAAGCAAUCUAGCAUGGCAGGCUGCUAAUUUUGUCAAGCCAGAUACCAGUAAGGGAGGCAGUAUGGAUCCAGGCGAUUAUGUAAAGAUUAAGUGUAUAGCAUCAGGGAGCCCAAAUGAAAGCACCCUGAUAAAAGGAAUAGUUUGUACAAAGAACAUUAAACAUAAGAGAAUGACUUCUCAAUACAAAACCCCUAGGUUAUUCCUCUUAGGUGGAUCACUCGAGUACCAGAGAGCUCAAAAUCAGCUGGCAUCAUUCAAUACAUUGCUCGAAGAGGAGAUGAACCAUCUCAAGUUGAUUGUCUCAAAGAUAGAGGCCCAUCGGCCACAAGUCUUGCUGGUUGAGAAAAGUGUGUCGUCCUAUGCUCAGGAAUAUCUGCUGGAAAAGGAGAUUUCUUUAGUUUUGAAUGUUAAAAGGCCUGUAUUGGAGCGGAUAGCAAGGUGCACCGGUGCUCUGAUAACUCCUUCUGUCGACAAUAUUUCUGUGGCUCGACUUGGACACUGUGAGCUUUUCCGCUUGGAGAAAGUUUCUGAAGUACUCGAGACUACUAAUCAGUUCAAUAAGAGACAGUCUAAAACCUUGAUGUUUUUUGAAGGUUGCCCUAGACGGUUAGGUUGUACGGUCUUGCUGAAGGGUUUGUGUAGGAAGGAACUGAAGAGGGUCAAGCAUGUGGUUCAAUUCGCAGUCUUUGCAGCUUAUCAUUUGUCCUUAGAGACUUCAUUUCUUGCUGACGAGGGGGCUCAUCUGCCUAAAAUGUCACUGAAGCCUUCCUAUUGUCCACCUAUCACGAUAGCUGCUGAUGAUGCAACAUCUACUCUAUCCUGUUCUGAUGGUUUUGCUCCACAUAGUGGGUCUACUGAUAUUGCUACUCCCUCUGAAGGAUUUGUUGGCAAAAUGGAAGGCAGUCAAUCUGAAGCAUCAAGUGUCCCUGUGAAUGCUGCAACUGAUAAGAAGGCUCAUGUACCUUGGGAUGGUUCAGUGGCUGAUGCAGCUGUAGCGUCCACAUCCCCUGCAACUGACAAUUUUUUUCUUGGUUUCACUGAUUCUGCUAGCGGUGUAGUUGAUCCUGUGCCAUCUGCAAUGGUUGAAAAAUUGUUCUCAGAUGAACGACAACUUAAAGAGGUAGAAAAUAUUGAAGAAAAUGAAGUCUCCAGUGACUAUCUCGCAGCAACUGAGAGCCAUCAAAGUAUAUUGGUAUCCUUUUCAAGCCGUUGUGUUUCUAAGGGAACUUUGUGUGAGAGAUCUCGGCUUUUGCGCAUCAGAUUCUAUGGUUCAUUUGAUAAACCACUUGGGAGAUACCUCCGUGAUGACCUUUUUGACCAGCCAUCUGUCUGUCGGUCUUGUAAGGAACCAGUUGAAGCACAUGUGCAAUGUUAUACCCACAGGCAGGGUGUUGUAACUAUAAAUGUUAGGAGAUUGGACACAGUAAAGCUUUCUGGAGAGCGCGAUGGAAAAAUAUGGAUGUGGCAUCGGUGCCUUAGAUGCGCACAGAUUGAUAAUGUCCCACCAGCAACCCGCAGAGUUAUAUUGUCUGAUGCUGCCUGGGGACUUUCCUUUGGGAAAUUCUUAGAGCUCAGCUUCUCUAACCAUGCCACUGCUAACCGUGUGGCAAGCUGUGGUCAUUCUCUUCAAAGAGAUUGCCUUCGUUUCUACGGGUUCGGAAGCAUGGUUGCAUUCUUCCAUUAUUCACCAAUUGAUAUUCUCACCGUCCAUCUACCCCCUUCAGUGCUUGAGUUCAAUGGCCAAAGUAAUCAAGAUUGGAUGGAAAAAGAAGUAGAGGAGCUCAAGAGUAAAAUGGAGACAUUUUAUGCUGAGGUCAGUGAUGUACUUCAUGUCAUGGAGCAAAAGAGUACAGCUUCCAGGCACUGUGCAAUGGAUUCAACUGACUUGCAUAAGCACAUUUUGGAGUCGGAGGACCUCCUUGAUAGAGAAAGAAAUCAAUACUAUGAUUCGCUUCAACAGGCUACAGAAGAUAAACAGCAGUUGGUUGUGGGAACAUAUGAUAUUUUGGAGCUUAAUCAGCUUCGUAGGUCUCUUUUAAUGGAUUCUCAUGCUUGGGACCGUCGGUUCUACUUUCUGGAUUCACUCCUCAAUUCUAGUAGUUUCAAGUUCGAAGCUGCAGGGGAUACAGGGUCUCAUGCCGUGCUUAAAGACUCCAAGAACAACUCUAUCCAGGAUUUCAAGGUUGUUGGUGAUCAAGUAGGAGGGUAUGCGGAGUCUGGCUUUCUUUUUUCAGAUUCUAUGGAACCUUCACAGCAGGGGGAGGUAUAUGGAGAUGGAAAAAUCAGUGUGAAAGAAAAAUCCUUGGCGGCUGUACCCUCUCCUGCAUCCAAUUUGUCUGAUAAAAUUGAUUCUGCGUGGACAGGCACUGACGUAGAUGCAUCUGAAUCUGUUCCUGUAGGUCAAGUAGAAAAAAUUGAUAAUCUGCCUCUUAAAAGAUUGAUGGCUCCAGUAAGGGUUCAUUCUUUUGACUCUGCUAUGAGAUUAGAAGAAAAGACACACCGAAGGUUGCAUUCUUUAUCACAAUUCUCCACUAUCAGAUCUUUCCAUGCUUCUGGAGACUAUAGAAAUAUGGUGAGAGACCCCACUGCAGAUAUAAUGAGAACCUUUUCUCAGAUUAAUCCACAUGAGGUACAAUUUGUACCUUCAUUUAUCUCCACAUCUCAUACCGCUGAAAGUCCUCGGUUACUGCUUCCACAUACAGGCCAGAGAGAUUUGGUUAUUGCUGUCUAUGAUGAUGAACCUACCAGUAUAAUAUCAUAUGCCCUUAGUUCUAAAGAGUAUGAAGGCUGGGUCUCUGAUAGGUGGAGUCAAAAGGAGGGUAGCUGCAUUGCCAAAGACGUCCAUAGAGAGGAUUCUACAGUUUCCUCUUUCCUAUCUUGGCAGUCUUUUGGUUCUCUAGAAUUGGAUUAUAUGAACUACGGAGGUUACGGCUCUGAAGACACUUUGUUGAGGAGUAAUACUACGGUGAAUGAUCCGAAGAAAUCUCCUCACCUGCAGAUUUCUUUUGAUGACGAUUCUUCAGUUGCUGGUGGGAAAGUAAAGUUUUCAGUUACCUGUUACUUUGCGAAGCAGUUUGACAUGCUUCAAGAAAAAUGUUGCCCUAGAAAAUUGGAUUUUGUGCGCUCGUUGAGCCGUUGCAGGAGAUGGAGUGCACAAGGUGGAAAGAGUAACGUAUACUUUGCAAAGUCCAUGGAUGAAAGGUUCAUAAUUAAGCAAGUAACGAAAACCGAGUUGGAAUCUUUUCAGGAGUUUGCAGCUGAGUAUUUCAAAUAUUUGAACGAUUCUCUAGACUCUGGAAGUCCAACUUGCCUCGCCAAGGUGCUUGGGAUCUUUCAGGUUACUGUGAAGCAUUUGAAAGGUGGGCGUGAAAUUAAAAUGGAUUUGAUGGUGAUGGAGAAUCUGUUUUUUAAUAGAAAAAUAUCGAAAAUAUACGAUCUCAAAGGAUCAUCUCGAUCUCGUUAUAAUCCUGAUACUACAGGAGCUAAUAAAGUUCUUCUAGAUAUGAAUCUACUGGAAACAUUGAGAACUAAUCCCAUUUUUCUUGGAAGCAAGGCAAAAAGAAGACUGGAGAGAGCUGUCUGGAAUGAUACGUCUUUCCUGGCUUCCGUCGAUGUUAUGGACUACUCGCUGCUGGUGGGUGUGGAUGAGGAGCGGAAAGAGCUGGUGCUCGGGAUCAUUGAUUUUAUGAGACAGUAUACUUGGGACAAGCAUCUCGAAACUUGGGUAAAGGCUUCUGGUAUUCUUGGUGGCCUCAAAAACGCUUCACCCACCAUUAUCUCCCCUAAACAGUACAAGAGAAGAUUCCGGAAGGCAAUGACAACCUACUUUCUCACCGUACCAGAUCAAUGGUCUUCUUGACUUGUCUUUUACCAUUUUUACCCGCCAUUCUUUUCGGUUCACAAAUCAACUGUUAGUUAAGAUAGCUAGGCAGGUGAUUCUUGUGAUACCAAGAUAGAUUUUCAGAGAAGGAAUUUCCUACUUCAUUUGAGCUCAAGAAAAGAGACUCCAAUUUUCUUUUUUUGAUGGGCGAAAUUUGGCCCAACAGAAAAGUGUUACAUACAUUAUACAGCUGAGCUGAAACUCCAUGUGCAAAGUUGUGCUAAUUAACGUUGGUUCACAUGGAUUGUUCCAAUUUUUAAGGAAUAAAGUAUGUGGGGGAUAUGACAGAACUCCCGAGCUGGCUACUUUUGAAACGUCGAGAGAUGGACCCGAUUUCACUGGAUCUUAGAACGUGGGGACUCUUUCCAUAAAAUAAGCAGUGGUGGUAUUAUCUUAUUAAUUAUUAUAAGGGGGAUUUUAUUUUGUAUUAAAUUAAUUUUUUGCCUUGAUCAUA